AGGCAGGCUGCUGGGAGGAGUGACUGAGAGCGAAGCAGGCAAGAAGAAACAAGGAACACAUUUUAGAAGAGCAGGAAAAGGGAGGAUCGCAGACAGGAGACUCUCUGGAUUGUCUGUCUGUUGGGCACCUGGGACACUGUCAUUGUGCUUCUCAUUAUAUUUUUUUCUCUCUUUUCCUCUGAACCAGUGGACCGGUGGAGAUUCCUUUUUUUCUUGGUGCCAUAUCAAUUAGGAGCUGGGAUUGUUUCUGUGUAAUCUGCUCUUCUCUGGCUGAACUGUUACACACUGAGAUUGCUCCUGCCUGAUACGGACUCUUCCCAAAGUGUAUCUGUUAGCACGCCGCUGAGGAUAUAUCCUGUUUCCGACAGUACAACACAGAGCAGCUGGGAUAUCAGACUACAGAGGAGAGAGAGAAAGAGAGAGAGAGAGAGAGAGAGCUGUGAGAGAGAGCAGCCGAUUGAGCGACAGAGAGUGUGAGAGAGGUUGAAGCCGAGGAGCGAGCCAGUGAGGGACAGACAGGACACGCAGCAGCUUCCGUUUGUAACACACCAGGAGAUUUAACUAAAAGGCGUCGUCAGGCAGGAGCUACCCCCACAGAGGCAACCCCUCUCCCCAGCCACUCUCUGUCAGACGAACACUGCCUGCUCCGGAGGACCAGCAGUGAUACAAGACACCAGUGUGGACGGGGGAAAAAAAGGGACCUACAGUCAGAGAGCCGAGCCCCAGUACUACUAACGCUCGUCCUCCGCCUCCGCGCAACCAUUCCCUGCCACGGCGCUAAGGAUUCCAGCUACAUGGGCAAGCGAUUGGAACAGCAACCAAUGUACCCUCAGUACACAUACUACUACCCCCACUACCUCCAGACCAAGCAGCCCUAUGCUCCACCCCUCCACCCCAUGGCUCCGCCCAGCCCCAGCCACAACAGCUGUAGUCACGGUGGAUCCGAGCUGCUGAGUAAAACUAACCUGUACAUUCGAGGCCUGCCCCCGGGGACCACGGACCAGGAUCUCAUCAAGCUCUGCCAACCAUAUGGAAAAAUUGUGUCAACCAAGGCGAUCCUGGACAAGAACACCAACCAGUGCAAAGGAUAUGGCUUCGUGGACUUUGAUAGCCCAGCUGCAGCACAAAAGGCGGUGUCGUCUCUCAAAGCCACCGGGGUGCAGGCUCAAAUGGCUAAGCAACAGGAGCAGGACCCCACCAACCUGUACAUCUCCAACCUGCCUGUGUCCAUGGAUGAGCAGGAGCUGGAGAACAUGCUGAAGCCGUUCGGUCACGUCAUCUCCACGCGCAUCCUGAGGGAUGCCAACGGGGUCAGCAGAGGGGUCGGCUUCGCCAGGAUGGAGUCGACGGAGAAAUGUGAAGUGGUGAUACAGCAUUUCAAUGGGAAAUACCUGAAAACCCCACCAGGCAUUCCAGCCCCCAAUGAGCCUUUACUGUGCAAAUUCGCUGAUGGAGGGCAGAAGAAACGCCAGAGCCAGAGCAAGUACCCGCAGAACGGGCGGCCAUGGCACAGGGAAGGCGAGACUGGUAUGCAGUUAACAUAUGAUCCUGCUGCUAUGCAGAACGGGUUCUACUCCUCGCCUUACAGUAUCGCCACCAACCGCAUGAUCGCACAGACAUCCAUUACGCCUUUCAUCGCUGCUUCCCCCGUCUCCACAUAUCAGGUCCAGAGUACGUCAUGGAUGCCUCAUCAACAAUACGUUAUGCAACCUACAGGUGCAGUGAUCACCCCAGCCAUGGACCACACCAUGUCCAUGCAGCCUGCCAACAUGAUGGGCCCGCUCUCCCAGCAGAUGAACCAUCUGUCCCUGGGCACUACAGGAAGUUACAUGACUGCUGCGGCUGCCGGGGCGUCUAUGCAAGGGACCUACAUUCCUCAGUACACGCCUGUGCCUCAGACAGCCGUCCCCGUUGAAGGAGUGGUCACGGAUGCCUCUCCUCAGUCAGUGGCCCCCUCGUCGCAUGACGUGAGUGGGCAGCAGCAUCAGAUCCAGGUGGACGGGCCCAGCGACCAUGUUGCUUACUCAUACCAGUCCAAAUAGCGACAGAUGAGGAGAAUAUUCCUGUGACAGUGUUGCCUUGAGACAGAGGGGUUGGCUGUACUGAGAAUGUGGAGAGAAGAGUGAUUGCUUCCAGAUUGCCCAGGCACCAAAAAAGAGACACUUUUUCAUUUCCUACCUGGCCUAAGAGAGUUACAGAGAGAGAAGAGAGAGAGAGAAAGAGAGAAGGGAGGGUGGGUUGGGGGGAUGAAGUCGCUGGGCACAGUGCAAAGAGUUGAAAAUGUUUAGUCUGGCAACCUGCCUGGUGGGCUGGGCUUCAGCUUGACUUACUCAACUGAAAAAAAUAAAAAAUAAAUAGGGAAAUGUUCAAUGCGCAGGUAGGUAGGUGAUGAGUUUUAUUUUGUAAUUAGAAAAGGGGAAGUCAAAGUUUGAGAUACACAGAGAUUGUCUUCCUUAGAUAUUAAGCUAUGAUUUCUUUUCACUUUUUUUUUCUCUUGUUAAAUUUGAGUUUUCUAGAUAUAUUCGAAAUAAGUGUUUUUCUUUCUUGAAUCUUCAUGGCCUUAAUUUUAAGGGCGUCGGAUGACUUUUUACAGAGAGUAAAGUCUGGCGUCUCGUUGAAAAUAAAAAGCGAUCUAAAUCAGUCUCUUGGACCACUUUGAUGGUACAUGAUACUGCAGGGGUUGAGCUAGAGACAUUAAAACAAAGUCUAUCACAUAAGCUGUACAGAUUUAAUAGACAAGAGUUUCUUUUUCUUUUCUUCGUUAGAAGAAAACUUUGAUAAAUAAUUAUGUCAGAGGUUACUAAAUCUAAGAGAAAAAAGUAAAUGUCUGCUAAGGAAAUGAGUGGGAAAAGAUAAAAGCUUUGAGGAGAUUUUUCACAAUGAGGAGGGGGAAAAAGACACUGCAUUGUAGAAAAUGCAGUCGGUUGCAAAUGCUGAACUUGUUUUUAUUAUCAUAAUUAUUAUUUUACAUGGCAAGAUUGCUGUUGAUGACAUUAGUGCUUUUAUCUGCUACAUUUGACCUUUUUUUAUGAGCUUGAUGGUGUUUUUAGCCCGCUUUGCUUGUCACACUAUAAAAAAAAAAGAACAAAGAAAAGAAAGAAAAAAAAAUCUAAAACAAACAUAAAACGGUAGGAAAAAAAAUGUGCGCAGUGAUAAACUUCGUAGAUUGAGUAGGAGCUUACGGUUUAAACCAAUCAGUGCAAAAGCAAUAGAAGAAAUUGUUGACAAUUUCUGUAGUCUUUCCUAGUUGUGGAUCAAAUGCAGCCCAAGGAUGGCCAUUUUUAUACCAAAGAUGAAGAGACACUCUGAUCCAGAGUUUUGUUGUUUUUCAGUUAGAUUUUGUUGUUGAUGCUGUUGAUGUUAUUGUUGAUAUUGUUGUUGUUGCUGUUGUCAUUGUUGUUUUUAAUUUGACCUUGAUGGCCGGACCAGUCCGUACUUUUCCUUUCAUUACAAUUACACGUUUUGGCUAAAGCUACCUUCCACGGUCACACUAUCACACUGACGUCAAACAGUAUUUGAACGUAUGAUGCAACUAGUGGCAGUUCGACCUAAUGUCCCUCUCUGCCACUUAAAUUGUCUUUCCGCCUCUCAUCUGUCGUGUUCCACUCUUUCGCCAACUAUGGGGGCAUUCCACCAGUCAACAGUAAACACUAUAGGAAAUAUUGGGUAAUGUUGCAGCCCGCUCCUCGGUCAUUAAUGCUUCGCUUCUGGCUUUGUUGGCUCCCUGAUCUCUGCCUCGACGCCGUCUCUUCAUCUCAUUGGAUCAAUGACAACUGAACAAAACGGAUACAUUUUCUCCCCUCCCCGGGAGUCUCAUCAACGUUACCCUGCAUUUUCUCCCCUCCCCGGGAGUCUCAUCAACGUUACCCUGCAUUUUCUCCCCUCCCCGGGAGUCUCAUCAACGCUACCCUACAUUUUCUCCCCUCCCUGGGAGUCUCAUCAACAUUACCCUGCAUUUUCUCCCCUCCCCGGGAGUCUCAUCAACGUUACCCUGCAUUUUCUCCCCUCCCCGGGAGUCUCAUCAACGCUACCCUGCAUUUUCUCCCCUCCCUGGGAGUCUCAUCAACAUUACCCUGCAUUUUCUCCCCUCCCCGGGAGUCUCAUCAACGUUACCCUGCAUUUUUUCCCCUCUCCAGUCAUCCAGACAACACAUAGCAAAACUCUCCGGCACGCUCUCGUUUGUCUGCAUGGACGUCAAACAUGUCCUGUUAUCCCAGGCACGAUGUACUUAGGAGGACAGGAACUUAAUUCAAGACUAGCAUUGACACGUUAACCUCUGGUGUGCUUCGGUGUUUAAUAUAUCUCUGAACUCCAAACAUACAAAACGAACACAUGGAAGCAUAGUAGUGUCAUCUGCUUUAGCAAACAUUAUCUCUCUUGAAGAUCCAUAUUUAUGGGUUGGAUAAACACUACUGUACUCAGACCUAAGGGGUUAUUUUCCAGACAGAAUAGUGCACUACAAUAAUGUUGACAGUAACCUUUCAGCCAAGCCUAAAAAGCCUGUCUUCUCCGCCUCUAGACUCAGUAGCCUGUAAACAUCUCUGCCCCACUCCUUUCAGCCUUUCAUCAAACCCCUAUCCAUUGUACACAGUACCCUGUGUCUGGAGCGCUGUGUGUCUCUAUCCCCAUUACAGUACCCUGUGUCUGGAGCGCUGUGUGUCUCUAUCCCCAUUACAGUACCCUGUGUCUGGAGCGCUGUGUGUCUCUAUCCCCAUUACAGUACCCUGUGUCUGGAGCGCUGUGUGUCUCUAUCCCCAUUACAGUACCCUGUGUCUGAGCGCUGUGUGUCUCUAUCCCCAUUACAGUACCCUGUGUCUGGAGCGCUGUGUGUCUCUAUCCCCAUUACAGUACCCUGUGUCUGGAGCGCUGUGUGUCUCUAUCCCCAUUACAGUACCCUGUGUCUGGAGCGCUGUGUGUCUCUAUCCCCAUUACAGUACCCUGUGUCUGAGCGCUGUGUGUCUCCAUCCCCAUUACAGUACCCUGUGUCUGGAGCGCUGUGUGUCUCUAUCCCCAUUACAGUACCCUGCGUCUGGAGCGCUGUGUGUCUCUAUCCCCAUUACAGUACCCUGUGUCUGGAGCGCUGUGUGUCUCCAUCCUCAUUACAGUACCCUGUGUCUGGAGCGCUGUGUGUCUCCAUCCCCAUUACAGUACCCUGUGUCUGGAGCGCUGUGUGUCUCCAUCCUCAUUACAGUACCCUGUGUCUGAAAUGGGACCUUAUUGCCUAUAUAGUGCACUACAUUUGACCAGGCACUGCAUCUCAGUGCAAAAGGCAUCACUACAGUCCCUGGGUCGAAUCCAGGCUACAUCACAUCCGGCCAUGAUUGGGAGUCCCAUAGGGCGGCACACAAUUGUCCCAGCGUCGUCCGGGGUAGGCCGUCAUUGUAAGUAAGAAUUUGUUCUUAACUGACUUACCUAGUUAAAUAAAGGUUAAAUCAAAUUAAAUAAAUAGGGCUCUGGUCAUAAAAUCGGGCUCCAUGUUAAGAAUAGGGUUCCAUUCCGGACAACACCUCUGGGUCCCUGCCUGCCUGCUCACUGUGGUGCUAGAGCCAUAAAAAGGCACCACUAAUCUGACCAGGCUUCACUCUCUCUCUUCUCUCACUCUUCCUCGGUGAGGUUUUCCCUCUUUAUUGGAUAGUGCAGGAGCUGAACCACAAAACCAAUUUUAGUCACAUUCUCAAUGAGCCUUGACGGGGCCCAAUUUGUCUCCCCUCAGGGCAUUGGGAUCCGCUCCAGUGUCCCCCAAAGCCUCUUUUUUAGAGAAAAAGAGGGAUUUUUGGUGUUCUUUUUUUCCGUUAACAAUUGCACGUUUUGAGAUCCAGCAGUUCAUGUGACUCAAAGGCAGGCUGUGCAUUGCGUUCUGGGAAAGAUGGCAGUGACAUCAUGGGUCAGCUAUGACAUCGCACACAGAAAUGUCUGUAACAAUGUAAUUGUUCAUCGAGUGCCUUUAACGAAGCUUCCAAAUGAUUCCAAUAUCUACAGGAUAGAAAAAAAGCACAUGGAAAAGCUAUCUUAUAUAAGGGAACCGUACAUUUUUGAAGGAGUUGUGCUAAACUAGUACAAAUGUACAACCUACUCUAAGGUGCUACAGUGAAAGCUGUCUUGGGCAUGUGCCUGCUUUGUGUCCGUUGGUCUGUGACGCACUGGCUAUUGUCGAUCAACAUUCAUUUACUACAGUGGCUCAUCCCAUUGGGUUGUGCUUUUCACAACCAAUAGAAAACGGGCCCAUCGUGAACUACGUGGUCUACAUCGUGAGCUGCCAUCAUAGCCACCGUAACACAGGCAAUGCAAUCGGAGAAAAUAUAACCAUUCGACAAUCUGUUGUCCCGUAAAACAUUCGACCCACAUGUCUUCCAUCCAAUGACAAGUCAAUGAUCAAAUCUACUGCACCAAUCUACCAACACCAGAGCUACUCAGCUGCCCACUGUCCCCAAACACCUUUCUCUUUCCUCUUUUCACUCACCCUGUCACUUCCACUCAUCUUCUGCUUUCACUUUCCGAGUACAGAAAACUUUGAGAUCACAGGAUAUAUGUGCAAAGUCACCCACUUUACAAUUCCAACAGACAAACAAACCCAAAACGUCUGUGCCGUUUUCACACCAGUGACAACAACCUGUGUACAUUUCUGCACGUCUCUCCGGGUAAUGACAUUGAUUUUUGCCGCGUGGUUUUUUCGUGAGCAGGCGAGCUGCUACAGUAGGAGGUGUCCAGAUCUUAAGCUAGACCCGUUGGUCGGGGUCGACGUUUGCUCCUCAACCUCCAUGGUGUUCAAACUGUACCUGAAACGAUGUGCUCUACAUCACAGACCACUCUUACAGCUGCUACUUUAAGAGACAGACUAAAGAAGAAACCAUUGAUUAACCGUAGGAAUCUGAUCGCACUCACCUUUGAUCACAAAGGUCAACGCGCUACACAUGUUGUCACCGUCUAAGAUUCAAUAGCAAUGACAAUACAAGGAAAAUUAGGUGACAAAUAGAAAUGACCAAAAAAAAGCACACAACAGAACUGUAUACGCUCCAAAUUGCUACCAGAGAUUCAAGAAAGACGAAACAUUGAAGUGAGGAGAGGUUUCCCUCAGUGCGGUAAGAGCGAUAUCGAUGCGGUCAUUAUGUGGUUGAAAUGGCAGUAUCAAGACUGACUGAACUCCUCUCUUAUUCUACGCUAGUUGUAACACAAUGGCCGGGCAAGAUGCCUGAUAAACAUGUACAGUGAUUCUCACUGCGUUUUAGGGAGCUGCAGUUAAAGAUCUAGCUCGCUAGCCUAUGUGUCAGAACAAACCAGCCAGAGAGGGUCAUUGGCUCUACUACAUUCGCUGACACACACACAUACUCACUAUUGCCAGACAUUUCUGAGUAUUACACACACACACACACACACACACACAGUGUUUCAGUCAGUGUGUUAGUCUUCUCAUUAUCUCUUCAUCAGAGUACGGUUAUCACUCUGCUCUUCAUUGCUUACCAUCCUAGUCUCAGUUACUUAGGCUCUAUGGGGCCAACUUCCACGUGAGUAAAAUGUUCACGUUCUCUCCCAUUGACAUCAAUGCAUCACUAACCUAAGCAUAGACUUUAGUGGAAGUUAGGAUUCGCCCCGAUGUCUUUGGUAUGUCCAGAGCAGCCGUGUUCCGUUUCAGUCUACUGUAUCUAUCCAGGCUGGGCCACAGAGCUGCUUCAGUUCACUGCCUUUUUAACGCCGUCCAGUUCUCCAAUCCGUCCCAUGUUGUGUCUGUCUCACUGCCUCCGUCCAGAUAUCAAGCCAGUCGGUCAUAUCUAGCUACCAUAUUUCUAUCAAGUCCUAGGAACAUAUUCACCACAAUGGCAUUCCAAGUUGAUCAAUGUCAUACCCCAUUGUCAUAGGCUUCUUGUGAUUUCCCACAUUGUGACUAGACAGUGGUUUAGAGAAGACUGGCCCUGUGUCCAAAAUGGACCCUAUGUCUAUAUAGGGGAUACUGUGUCCUAUAUUGGCACCCUAUUCUCCAUACAAUGCACAACUGGACUGUAUUAUGACAGACGGUGCCUCAGAGUUGGGACUCCCACAGUGUGACAGGAGAGCUCCGGGCUCGAUAUAACUCAACACUCUUUCAGCUCUUACCACCACGUAAUUCAGUGGGGAAAUUGCUCAAAAAAAAAAAAUGUGUCCCACGCUUUUUAAUUGAUGCUCCGGUUCACCUUUGACGGGAGGCAUCGAUUGGCCACACAUCCCCAGGAGCUCAGCCAACUGGCUAACCUAACACACACCUUCCUCGGAAUGAAAUGGCUCCCAGAGACGUCAAACACUA